AUGCGAACAAACCUUAGUCGCUUCACCGUUUCCUUCUCCGAUUUGGCCUGGGAGUCGGUGCUUGGGACUGCUGAUGUGCCUAUGUUCCCGCAGGCGUGGCAAGUGGGCAGAUACCUGGAGACCUAUGCGGAGCGGUACUUGUCUGGCGAGGUGGUCAGGUUGGGGUGUGAGGUUGUGCGUGCGGUUCGGGAGGUGGUUGGUGGCCGGCCGCGGUGGACCGUGCAGUGGGUGCAGAGGAGUGGAAAUGAAGCGCAGGGAGAUGAUACCGAGCAACGCGCAGUGGAGACCGAAUACUUUGAUUUCCUGGUCGUUGCUUCGGGGUACUUCUCUCGUCCGUAUACACCGGACACCCCUGGACUUGCUGCCUUCGCCGACAGAACUGUCCACAGUUCUGCGCUACGCAGCCUUGAAGAUCUGAAUGCGAUUGUCGAGAAGGGUUCCGAUGGAGGAAGGUUAGUUGUCGUAGGAGGAAGUAUGUCGGGCGUGGAGGCAGCUUCCUCUCUUGCCCUUCACGUUUCUUCGUUGAGGUCAGCGCCAGGGUCAUCGAUGCAAACAGGUAGCUUCCCUGAGGUCUACCACAUAUCCAGCCGGCCUUUCUGGACGGUGCCGACCUAUAUACCACACACUCAGAGGGACAAUGCGACUGGCACGGAGACGGUAUCCCUGCUCCCGCUUGACUUGGCUAUGUAUGAUUUGGCUCGGCGGCCACCAGGGCCGGUUGAGUAUGCCUUUGGCCCUGUCUCGGCAGCGCAGGUCGCCAAGGUGAACGGUUAUUUCCGAUCCGUUUUAGGAGAAGACUAUACCAGUAUCGGCCCCGGCGAUAUUGAGUUAGAGAGUGGCGAAGAGGAGGCUCUGCAGCCUCCGUGGGUGGCCAUAGGGAAUGACUACGCGGAGUUCGUCCGGUCAGAAGCAAUCAGAACAACUAUCGGCCGUGUUUCAGCCGUGCAUGCUUCCUCACCUGGUCGGGUAAAAGUUGACAUUGAGCAACCUGAGAAAGAGAGUAUGUUGCUCGAUGAUGUUGCAGCGAUUGUCCUGGCUACGGGAUUUACCCCGUUUCCUUCGCUCUCCUUCCUCCCCGAAGACGUUCUUUCUGCGUUGGAGUAUUCACCCGACGACUCCUUCUUCCCGCUAAUCCUAGAUGGAAAGGGCACCACUAAUGCCAAUGUUCCUGACCUGGGCUUUGUCGGAUUUUAUAGAGGACCAUACUGGGGCGUGAUGGAAAUGCAGGCUCGAAGCCUUGCGCACACCUGGGCUCGAGCUGACACAGAGUAUGGCAUUCAGUUUCCAGCGAAAGAGCUGGAGGACAGAGCGCAGGAAAGACAGUGUGUUCGUGAAUAUCGGAAUGCGGAUCCGGAUCUUCAUCGAGGACAGUUCCCAAUGGGAGAUUAUACCGGGCUGAUGGAGUCCUUUGCUCGGGAUCUAGGGAUACGCCGUGCUCCUUUGCCGGAGCUUAACGAACGUCCUGGCCCUGUUGUACCGGCGCGGUAUGCACCGUCUGGACCAGGGACCGCCGAUAUCCAGAUGAGUUUGCAAGCUCUGCAAGAGACUCUACGACCUAGAAGGGGAAGUGCCAGUCCAGCAGUAGCCAUGGCGAUCUUUCGAGCCCUUCACGGCAGCUGGGAUUUCAGUCGAUCAGGACAAGGUGGCGUAUCAUCCGGCAUUUCUUCAUUCUCCCCGCGAUAUCCUUCUAGCUCCACUUAUGAGAAGGAAUAUCUGUACGAGGAGAGUGGGCAGAAGUUUGCAAGCUUUGUGUACCGGCUCACAGAUAGUCCCCAAGAUGCGGAGAUUACGAUCUGGUCCGCUAACUCUCAGGAUAAGACUGCUGUUGCCCUCUUGUAUGGCCUAAGGAUCUUGGACCAGGAGGGCUCAAGCACGUUAAGUCAGGGAGAGUACACUAUUCGCGCAACUGGCAGCCAGUGGAGCAGCAACUGCACGUAUGAAUACGUGUUUCGAUUCAACGGCGCAGCCAUAUCGUCCUGGGAAUAUACGGUUCGCAGGCCACCGGAACACAGCGUUUUAUUGAGUAGAACGCUAUACAGACGCGUACAAAAUACGUGA